UCUCAGGUCCUUUUGCGGUCAAGAAGAUUACUGCAACAAUUCAUAGUAGAUGCCUACACUAUGGUUGAGUCAGAACGGCUUUUAUACUUACGAUUGAAACAACCAAACUUGAGGCUAGGCAAGUUCAAGCAAUUGCAUGAGUGUAUGGUUCGUGGUGAAACUAAUGCCAUUAACACUGGACAAAGAAUUAUUCUCCCAAAGAGUUUUACCGGUGGUCCAAGGUACAUGUUCAACAAUUGCAAAGAUGCUUUUGCAAUAUGUAAAUAUGCUGGAUAUCCAAGUUACUUUAUCACUAUGACAUGUAAUUCAGAAUGGAAUGAGAUAAAAAGAGAGGUAACACCCCAAGGACUCCAUGCAGAGGAUAGACCAGACAUCUUAUGUAGAAUAUUCAAGUUGAAGGUUGAUAAAUUAAUUAAGGAAUUGAAGAGAGGAACAUUCUUUGGAAAGAUUAUUGGAUAUUGUCUAACCAUAGAGUUUUAAAAGAGAGGUCUACCUCAUGCCCAUCUUCUUUUAUUCAUGCAUCCGGAAUCAAAACCACGAACUGUUGAUGACAUAGACAAGGUUAUUAAGACAGAGAUUCCAGAUAAGAGGGAAAAUCCAAAAUUGUAUGCUGCUGUUGAGAAAUAUAUGGUUCAUGGUCCAUGCGGUCAUUUAAAUAGAAAGAGCCAAUGCAUGAUCAAUGGUAAAUGCUCAAAGUUUUUUCCCAAGGCAUUUCGAGAUAGGACAAUUAUUGACGAAGUAGGCUUUCCAAGAUAUCAAAGAAGAGAUGAUGGGCGA